AUGAGAGUGAGUAACUCGACAAUACCAUUUUAUCUUGGGGUAUCAAACUCCUGGAGCUACUAUGACAAUGGGGAACAAGUGACGAGUCUCGGGGCUCUAACAGAGCCAUUGAAUGUCGCGGCACGCAACGGAAUCGACAUGGUCCUAAAAUCACUCGAACAAACUUACGACCCAGCUUUCUCAUUCCGAAAGGGAAGUUGCGCAAACAGCUCCUACGAGUACACGGAUCACCAACGCGAUCACGGCACUUGCUUUGACACAUGUCACGAUCCAAGUACGCUGUUCUUACCAUUCAACCUGGAGCCUUGUCUUGGACUUGCCACAAUCGCUAUGCUGAUCGAAAACGGAACCCUCGAAAUGGACAGGUCCAGCGUUACCCAAAGUGCGGCGGAUUACCUCGGCAUUGGCGACCUUACUAACUGGGAUGGCUCCAAGGUAAUUGCUGAUGUUGUCCAAUGUGCGGCGUCAUCCUGUGAUGAUAGCCCGAUCGGGACUUGUGCACCUUCAGUACGCGGGCUGGAGGGCAUCACUAUAAAUGCAGAAAAUCUGCACGACGUAUUCCAGCGCCUCGACGGCUUUUGCGAUGGUGUCGAAGCCAAGCUUAACCCGGACAUAGCUGGCCCAGGGGUCAUGUUGUCUUACCUCCUGCAGACGUGUGUUGCACUCUUUCUGUACCUGAUACUAAAGACCCUCAACUCGUGGAGCCGCAUAGUUGCAUGGCCUUUUAUCCUCAUCAUACGAAAGAUGUUCGUGCCGAGAAGACCCAGCGCAUGGACAAGAGCGAUAAUAUUGCAGAAUCGACUGGCGCGCACGCAGCUGAAUGCGGCAACUAUAACAUCAUCGGUAGAAUUCCAGGAAGUUCAGACAUUUUUUGUCAUUACUAUCCAGAUCGCCACGUUGGCUACAUCUCGGAUUGAGGGACGGGCAUCGUCCGGAUCCGACUCUUUUGCCGAGGUUCUACUGAACGCUCAGAUGGUCCAAUCCCUGGCUGUGUAUAGUGUUCUGCCAGUCGUCCUGACACAGUGCUCGCUUCAGCGGGAAGGAAUGAUGUGGUGGUACACCUUUGGCCUGACCUCAAUGACGGUAAUGCUGGCUCAGAUCGUCUUGACUCCCAGCAUGUCGCGCGUGUCAAGCUUCGAAACCCUCUGGCAGAACUUCAAAGAAUCGAGCCCCGUGGAAGCUUGCGGAUCUCUCCCCAACCCGAUGACUUAUUGUAACACCGACAAUUACAAUUUCGGGUACGGGGACUGGAAAGGGACCAACGUGGCACUCGCUUUCAUUUACAUCGCUGUCGUGAGUUUGCUCAUCGAUAUGUUGGCGACCGUCCCGCGCGUUCAAAAAACCAUGAACAAAUAUCUUUACCAAGUCAGUCUGGCGGCAAGUGGGCAUGAGCUGAGCGAAUUUCUAUUCAUGUUGCUGAAAGAUCAGGUUUGGCCUUGUUGCCUGGCAUUUUGGUGGUUCGGUGUCCAGGCAGGACUUCUCGCAUUCGUCGUCUCAUACUUCGCUGAGGUAUUAGUCAUUGUAUUCUCUGUCAACCUAGGGCAUUUUGGCAACUUCAACUACGGCCAGCUGAUCUCGGUUAUGGUGUGGGCACCGACGCUGGCAAAAUUCGUAUAUUUCAGUUUAUUUGGUAUUGAAGAGGGCUUCGGCCGUCGCUUGGCACGGAACUAUAGGGUGGUUCGCGACGUUUAUGACCGAAAGACUAAUGCAUGGGAGUACGGCAUAUAG